AGCUGACCGCUGGGCGGGCGAGAGAAACGCGGAAGCGGAGCUGGCCUGCCCUGCGCCGCUUGCUUUCUGCUUGCGGGGGAGCUGCGUCAUGGCUGCAGGCGGGGAGCCGCCGCGUCUGUGGCUGCCGCUGCUUUUGCUGCUGCAGCUGGAGACGCCCUGCAGCUCGACGUGCGGCUCUCCGGGGCAGCAGGGGUGGCCCGUGCCUUACAGGUGAGAGGAAUGAGAGGGGAGGGGAGAGGGUCGUCGGGCAGGAUCCCCCGCCCCCGCGGCCGCCUACUAUAGCAGGUGCGGUGAUGGCUCACUUCCAGGGGAUGGCAAGAGAGGUUUGGGCUCCCCGUCCAAAAAUUAGGAUUUGCAAGCAUCCGGGCUGUGCCUAAAGUGGAACAAAGGGGUUGCAUGCAGUCCUGUCGUUCAGGUUUGUGCUUGCGCAGGAGAACUUUCCCCUCCUCUCCCCUGCCCCCCCCCCUAAAUAUGGGGGACCCUCUGAGCAUAUUUGGGGAAGGGUGGUGCCAGGGGGAGGAAAAGAAGAAGCCUUGUUGUGUCAGUGGAGCUUCAGAUGUCCAGAGUGGGAUCAUAGAAUUGUAGAGCUGGAAGGGAUCCGGGGUCAUCUAGUCCAACCCGCUGCAAUGCAGGAACCCUGCCUACAGGCAUCCCUGGGUGGUCUCGAACCACCAGCCUUAUGGUUAACAGCCAGGUGCGAGCAAUGCAGAGUUCCAGAUGGGACGCUUUUUCAACACAGAUGACUCAUGGGCAUGCAGUGGUGACUUGUCAGGGGCUGAGCAGUCUCAAAAUGGGGAGAUUAAGUAUAAUUAUGGGAUGUAGCUCUGCGAGAGAGAAAAUUCAAGAGAUGUCCAAGCAAGAGAUGACUUCCAGUUUAUGGCCGUUUCUUUCUUCUAAUCUGAACUUUUGGGUUAAAAUGAAAAUUUUUAAAAAACAACACAUUUAUUUAUUUUAAUGCAGGCGUUUUGAUUACCGCCCUAAAACAGAUGCCUACUGCCAGGCUCGUUACACUUUCUGCCCAACUGGCUCUCCCAUUCCGGUGAUGAGAGAUGACGAUGUCCUGGAAGUAUUUCGGUUACAGGCGCCUGUCUGGGAAUUCAAAUAUGGAGCUCUCCUUGGUCAUAUGGUAAAGUGACAUGCGGCUCCUCCUCCUCUGUUUUGUCAGCCUUUUGCAUCCCAAUUAACCUAGAUUUCAAAACGUGCAAUACAGAACUGACAUUGUUAAUUUGAUUAACUAUAGACCGUGUAAAUAUAUUCAGAAAACAUUGUUUACCACUUCUCUGGCAACAGGAGAGUGUUAGAAAAUGUUCUGAGAAUUUUUAAGUAACAGCUUUGAAAGAAGCAAUCUUUAAAUGGCACUUUCAGGCGAUUUUUAUUUUUUGUUUUAUUACUAUUCCUGGCUAAUGCCAGUCACUGGCAUGUGACAGUGAUUCACCCCCUCCUUCCAGAUAUUCAGCGUGUAAAAGUUUCUAUGUUCGUGCAGAGAAAUCACGGGACGUCCACUUCCUGGAACUGCGCCAUUUCCCCAGAUUGCUUUGUUAUUUUAUGGCAUUCAUAGUGUUGCCUUUCCUGCCAUCCAAGGCAUGUUACAAAAAACCCCAUUACGACAGCAUAAUUGGCCAAUUAGCCUUACGAGCUGUGCAAAGUAUGGCUCACUGAUUCUCAUAGUUGCUUUUGUUUUGGAAUUUGCAAUUUCUAGAUUGUGGUAGCUCUGUGAACACUUACCUAGAAGCAAAGCCAAUUGAAACUUAAGCAUGAUUUACUUUUGAGUAUGCAUGCAGUGGGUCAAGCUCUUACCCAUGUGUAGGCAAACUAAGGCCCGGGGGCCGGAUCCAGCCCAAUCGCCUUCUAAAUCUGGCCUGCGGAUGGUCCGGGAAUCACCAUGUUUUUACAUGAGUAGAAUGUGUCCUUUUAUUUAAAAUGCACCUCUGGGUUAUUUGUGGUGCCUGCCUGGUGAUUUUACAUGAGUAGAAUGUGUGCUUUUAUUUAAAAUGCACCUCUGGGUUAUUUGUGGGGCAUAGGAAUUCGUUCAUUGUUUAUUUAUUUUUUUCAAAAUAUAGUCCCCCACAAGGUCUUAGGGACAGUGGACCGGCCCCCUGCUGAAAAAGUUUGCUGACCCAUGCUCUUACUGUUCAAUCCUCUGUGUGUAUACUUAGACUCACGUCUCAAUUGUAUUUAGUGGGGCUUACUCCCAUGUAAGUGUUCAUAGGAUUCUAGAGCAGUGUUAGAAACUCAGAUAUGUAAGCUAAUCGCCAGAUGGCACCUGACACCUAGGUUAUGAUCACCACGAUGGAAUUUCUCGGCAAUGAUUUUUUUUUUUUUACACUGCAAUUUAUUAUUCUUAUUAUUCAUUUCUGUGCCGCUUUAUAAUUAAAAUUUUUAAAAAUCGCAAGGCGAUUUACAACACAUUGAAGCAUCCAAUAAAACAAUCCAAAAUAAAUUGCAAGCUUCCAGGAAAAUACUUCAGAUCCUUUCCCCAUAUUUAUUCACCUAUUUAAUUUAUAUAGCAGUAGUACUCUAGGAAGCCAGGGUGGUGCAGCGGGUAGAGUGUUAAACUAGGACCUGGGAGCUCAGGGUUUGAAUCCCUGCUCAGUCAUGAAGCUCACCUUGGAGCCAGUCACAGCCUCUUAACCUCCCUCACAGGGUCAUGGUAAGGAUAAGCUGAGGAGUGGGGUGAACCAUGUACUUCUUGGAGAGAAAAAAGGGGGGAUAUAAAUGCUGUGAAUAAGCUCUUCUGUGUACCUGCUUAAGAAAGCUGGAGGGGUCAGCCAGAUGGAGAUGUCAGUUGCCACCACAUAUCUAUCUUAUGUGAUGGACCUGUAAAAGUCCAUAAAAGGGUAAAAGAGUAUUGGGAAAUAAUUCAUAAUGAAUUGAAAAAAAUGUUUAAAAGUACUUUCCCAAAAAAACCAGAGUCCUUUUCGUUGGGGGAAAUUCCCAGGUGUCAAAAAAGGUUAUUUAUGUAUGCCACUACUGUGGCCCGUGUUUUGUUAGCCCAAAAAUGGAAAAGGAGUGAAGUCCCAACUAAAAAAGAAUGGCAACUUAAGCUGAUGGAAUAUGUGCAGUUUGCGGACCUAACAUUUAGAAUAAGAGAACAAGAAGAACAUAUGUUUAAAGAAGAUUGGAAAAUGUUUAUUGAAUAUAUGGAGGAAAACUGUGUAUAUUUGAAAACGUGGGCAGCAUUAAGAGGAAUUCAACAGUGUAAAUAAGUUUUGAUGGAUGUAAUAAUGGAGUACUGAAUGGAUUAAUUUAUAUAAAAUAUGCAGGGAUUUAUGUUGUGCAAAAUGAACCAUGGAAAGAGAGGAAGGGAAAUCAUUGAUAUUUUAAGGUUGUUUAAAUGAAUAUUCUAAAAUGUAAAACAGAAAAUUUAAUAAAAAUUAUAGGAAAAAAGAGAGAGAUUUCAGUUGCCAAUCCGGCAUCCAGAGAGCUCCAUGUGGUCGCAUUUGGACCCGCGCCAGCCGUAAAACGUGCCUGGCUAAUUUCUAACACUGCCUUGGAGCAGUAAGGGGAAACCUGUGGCUUUUCAGAUGUUUCUGGACUGCCAGCUUCCAUUGUCCCUGACCAUUGCUAGGUGGUGCUGAUGAGAGCUCUGGUCCAACCAACCACACUGGCUCCCCACCCCUGAGUUAGAGUCCUUACAGAGAGAAAAGAAAUGUGGAAUGAUGAACGAAGGCAUGCCUUCACUUGUGUUGGUUAUUCCUUUCUUUUAGAAGAUCAUGCACGACGCUGUUGGUUUCAAGAGCUCCUUAUCGGGGAAGAACUACACAAUGGAGUGGUAUGAGCUUUUCCAGCUGGGGAACUGCACGUUUCCUCAUCUCCGGCCCAAUUUGCUUGCCCCUUUUUGGUGCAAUCAGGGGGCCGCCUGCUUUUAUGAAGGAAUAGAUGACGCCCAUUGGAAGGAGAACGGGACCUUGGUUCUGGUGACCACAAUCUCAGGUAAACAUGCAAACAUUCUCAUGGAGCUUGUUGACGUGGGUGAGAUUCAGAAGUUGUUGGUGCAUGAUGAUUAUUUUGGGCUUGGUUCAGGCCAGUAAGCAAUCUGAGCGUGUUACUGUAUAUCCAUAUACCGUAUUUUUUUGCUCUAUAAGACUCACUUUUUCCCUCCUAAAAAGUAAGGGGAAAUGUGUGUGCGUCUUAUGGAGCGAAUGCAGGCUGCGCAGCUAUCCCAGAAGCCAGAACAGCAAGAGGAAUUGCUGCUUUCACUGCGCAGCGAUCCCUCUUGCUGUUCUGGCUUCUGAGAUUCAGAAUAUUCUUUUUUCUUGUUUUCCUCCUCCCAAAACUAGGUGCGUCUUGUGGUCUGGUGCAUCUUAUAGAGCGAAAAAUACAGUAUCUUUGCAAAUUGUUUGUGUUACUGUGUUCCAUGAAGUGGGACUAUUGUCCUUUGUUCUUUUGCUCUUUGCUGUCUCAUGCUAGAGAGAGAGGGAGCCAUGUUGCAGUGCUCCAUGUGUGUUUAUAUGUAAAUAAAGUAGAUUAGCCAAAAUGCUGAGUGGCUGAGGUCUGUUACGCAAGAUGCGCAAACUCUGUGGAACCCUAAGUGUGCCGAUGUCUGUUGGCAUCAGUCGCUGUGAUGUUCGGGCUGAAGAAAGCUUUUGAAGCUCUCGAACGAUCAACCAGGAGGGAGAGAACAUGCCAGUCGGGCAUGUGUCUCUGCCAGGGUCCUACUCGAGUGUAGGCCGAACUCCUGAUAGUUAGAGCCAUUCCUCUGUUUUCUGUGGAACUGGGAAGAUCUCCAGAGGUCUUCAGAUUUGAACACUUCGUGGACACAGAUUCUUUGUCAUCAUGUGCUUACACCAAGCAUUCUGGUGUUCCUUCUGAAAUAAAUUUCAAAAAGUGACUGCUAUGCUUGCAUAGGAGCAUCAGCCCAGCCUGUCAGGGAACACUGAAAGCCAGUGGGGUGUAGUGGUUAGUGCGUCAAACCCUGGGAGACACGGGUUCAAGCCCAUACUCUGCCAUAAAGCCAACUGAGAGCCCUUGGGUGUCUCUCAGCUUAACCUAUACCUCACAGGAUUGUUGUGGGGAUUAAAUGAGGAGGGAACUAUGUACGCUACGCUGAGCUGCUGGGAAGAAAAAGGUGGGAAAGGCUGCAGAAUUAAGCAGGUGAUUUGAAAGCACAGAUAGUAUUCAGCUGUGCAGAUAUGAUUCUCCUAUCUCCUUCCCGUAGUGUGAUAUUGUGUUUUCUUCUUCUUGCACAGGAGCUAUGUUUAAUCAAAUGGCAAAAUGGGUGAAAUAUGACAACGAAACUGGCAUUUACUAUGAGACGUGGAUGGUCAAAGAGAGCCCGGAAGAGCAGGCCAGAGUGUGGUUUGAGCCUUACGAAUGCUCCAAGUUUGUCCAGAGGACAUACCAAAAGCUAGCUGAGCUGGGGGCCAUUUUUAAGAAGAUACAAACGAAUUACACCACUAUUACACUCUUCAGUGGAGAGCCCGUCUGCUUUGGAAAUGAAACAGCUAUAUUUGGACCACACGGAAACAAAACGCUAGCUCUGGCCAUUAGAGACUUCUAUUCUCCUUUCAAACCUUAUCAUUCCGUCAAAGAGUUCUUUCUAAACCUCUUGAGGAUAUUUGAUGAAGUGGCUGUGGACCAUCAGUUUUACCUCUUCUAUAACUUGGAAUAUUGGUUUCUGCCAAUGAAAUAUCCUUUCAUGAAAAUAGCCUAUGAAGAAAUCCCAUUGCCUCAUUCAAACAGCACAAAGUUGGGCGUGUAGUUUUUCGUAAUGACUUUUUUUUUUGGGUACAAAGACCCAAAAAAAGCAAAAUAAAACCCCCAAACCCAUUUUAUGCUGAGUUGCCUCAGAUGUCUUUCAGGCUAACAAAGAUGCCCGAAACUACUAGGAUAUACCUGGAUUUUUACUAACGCUGAAAAGGUUAUCUGCACAGGGAAAUGAAUGAAUCAAACCUAAGCUAUUUCACCUUUAACUGUGUGAGGGAAUGAGAUUCUUUUCCAAGCCUUCAAUUUUCCUUUGACUUCCAGAGACACUUGAUGUAUGCACUGGAACCAAUGUGGGUGAAUAAGGGUGGUAAAUAAUUAUUGUACAGUUCUCAUUAUGUGCCCUGUACCUGAUUUGAAUGGUUGCAUUUAAACGUGGGAGCAGCCCUCCUGAGUGAUUCACCCACCUAUUUUCAUUUUAUUACCCUCACUGUAGCACUCUGUAGAGCAGGCAUCCCCCAACCUUUGACCCUCCAGAUGUUUUGGACUACAAUUCCCAUCAUCCCUGACCACUGGUCCUGUUAGCUAGGGAUCAUGGGAGUUGUAGGCCAAAACAUCUGGAGGGCCAAAGGUUGGGGAUGCCUGCUGGUAGAGCUGCAGGAGUGGACAGGAGAUUCAAGUAAUGCUGGCAUGCAGAAGUAUGUGGGGAAAAAAUGGUUUUCAAGGAUGCUUACUAAGCCAUUAGCAUUGGACAAUCACAUAGAAUAGAAAAUAGGAAUGUGGCUGCACAUACAUUCCUAACCUUGAGGUCAACCUUAAGACAAUUAUGGGGAUCUGCUUAAGCACUUUUAAGUAGCUGCUACUUACUCCAGGUGUGUUAAAUUUAUAGGUUGCUGCAAUUCUAAAGGAUGUUUUUCCUGGAUGAAUGCCAGCUGAUCUGUGCUGUUGCUUGAACUACAAAGUUUUUCAAAAUAGGCUCAAUGAGUUGGCAGUGUCAAUUUGUGUGUUGCAAAACUUCUAAUCACAAUGAAGUUACGUGCCUUGCUUUUAAAAAUAUUUCUUGCUUUGGAUUAAAAUUUCAUGUCCUUUGUUCGUCCAUAAUCCCUAUAGUUUGGAUUAAAGUUUUAACUACUGACCCAGAGGUCUUAUCUCUGUAACUGGGACAGUUUGUGCCAGUGUUUUACAUCUUAAAUGGAAACUUGGGUUAGUGAGCGUAAAAUCCUUGGGGAAGAGCAAAUCGGGUCUGGCUGUUUAAACUGGCCUAAGGAAUAGCACUGUUCAGUAUUGGCCUAUCUAGCAGAUAAAUAUGUAUCAAAAUGAGCUAAGUUUUUAUUUACUUAAGACAAUUUUUUUACUGUACAGUGGUACCUCGGGUUACAUACGCUUCAGGUUACAGACUCCGCUAACCCAGAAAUAGUACCUCAGGUUAAGAACUUUGCUUCAGGAUGAGAACAGAAAUUGCGCGCGGCAGCAGGAGGCCCCAUUAGCUAAAAUGGUGCUUCAGGUUAAGAACAGUUUCAGGUUAAGAACAGACCUCCAGAACAACCUCUCCAGGAAGGUAGAUCAGAGUAAGUUUCUUUAGAUCUAAGCCAACUUUAUAGAACAGAAAGGGAAAUCACAUGGAGGAGGAACACUCAUUCAUAUAACAGAAACCUGGAUAAUAUUAGCUUUGCUCUGCUGCUAAGUUUAUACCUGAUUGCUAUGGGGUAGGGAGAAAGCAGCCAUUAUUAACAAUACUAUAAUGAAAUAGAAAGGUAAAACAGGCAGCUACACAGGGGCACUUUUCAAAGUAUCAAGAUGCUCAUUCACACAACCGAAAAUAACACCAUAAGGAUGGAAACAAUAUUACUUAAUUUUCAUUUCAAAAACCACCCAGAAACCAAGUACAUUUUAGAAUCGAAAAGGACAUUUAAAGUGUUAUUUUAAACAAAUUCAGAUAAAAUCUGCCUAUUCGAUAAAGAUCUACAGAAACUUGUAUCCUAUUCAGAUGUAGAGUCCAUUGAGCAAAAUGUUCUUUGAAUCAUAGUCUUACAGUUCACUCUCAUCUAUACGUCUGGUAUAUUUGGCAGUAAUUAAAAUGGGUACAUUUUUUAAUUACAAGAGGAUCCUACACUCAAAAUAUAAAAUCCGUACUUUUUUUUUAUUUGAUGGAAUCUUAAUAGAAAGUGCAUGCGAAGUUUUAUCACUUACUCUGUAUCACAUCAUGGUCUUUGUUGGAUUUUUUUGAGAAGUAAUACUUCUGAAAAUAUCAGAAUCUGUCCAGGUAAACAUGUACAAAAACAGGUGCCAAAAUGUGUUUCUGAUUCAAUACAUAAAGUUGCUGGUUUUUUAAACGUUAACGCUUUUAAUUAAAGGUAUAUCUUUCUUCGCAUACCAUGGAAUGGGUCCUUAGUCAAACCUUAAAAUGUAUCCUGCAUUACCACUUAAACCUUCACUACGUCUGCCUCCCACACCUUCAGGUUCCUUUUAAAAGCUUGUUUAGACUCUGGCAUAGUGUUUUCUUGGCCUAAUUUGUGUAGGCCUUCAAACCUAGUCUUCAUUACUCUGGAGACGUUUCUCUUACUAAACACUGCUGGAAGAAGAGACUGCUCAAAGAAAUAUUUCGAAAAUAUUUUUGAUGUAGAUACAAGCUACACACUGCACCACACUUCAAGUUCGUAACAGCAAUGCAGUAGGUUUUCUUGGCAAAAUGUGCUAAUGCUGAAGAAUAUGGAAGCGGUGCCAUUAUGAAGAAUGGGACUAAUGCAAUUUUAUACUUAAAAAACACCCAAACCAGUAUACCUGAAGGAGCAUCUCCACCCCCAUCAUUCUGCCUGGACACUGAGGUCCAGCGCCGAGGGCCUUCUGGCGGUUCCCUCACUGCAAGAAGCAAAGCUACAGGGAACCAGGCAGAGGGCCUUCUUGGUAGUGGCACCUGCCCCGUGGAACGCCCUCCCAACAGAUGUCAAAAGAGAAGAACAACUACCAGACUUUUAGAAGACAUCUGAAGGCAGCCCUGUUUAGGGAAGCUUUUAAUGUUUGAUGGAUUAUUAUAUUUUAAUAUUUUGUUGGAAGCCGCCAGGAGUGGCGGAGUACAAAUAAAAAUAUUAUUAUUAUUAU